AUGGCUCCUAGGGUAAAUUCUAAGGUUUCUAUUGCAAAAUUGAGCACCCAUGAAAUACAAAAGAAGGAUCUAGAGCAACAGAUUAGCCAGCUGGCAGUCGACCUCAGAUGGGCUGACUUAAUCGAGAAUACCCGAAGAACCCGAAAAUUCACGGCCAAAGGCGCUAGAGCUAGAACUAUCGGAACCUGGAAAGGACGCACUAGAGCCACAUCGAAACGUCUAAAGAUUAGGGUCAAUCCGGAUUUGCUCCCAAAGCCACUUGAAACCUAUCCCCAGGAGGAGAACAUCGUAUGUUUCACCUGCGAGUCAACUAUUCCGGGCUAUCAAACGGUGACACUCAAAUGCGGCCAUAUUCACUGCCACACUUGCUUACUUAUAAACUACGAAACGGUUCUUAAAUUCCCCACCGGAUACCCACCACGUUGCUGUCAGCCUCUCGAGUUUGAAAGCACAGCAUUUAAUCUAUCCGCGGAACAAAUCGAAAGCCUCCUCCGAGCGAAGGCCCAGCAUGAAUCAACAAGAAUUAUCCCGUGCGCCUAUUGCGGAGAGGACCUGUUCGACGCCAAGGCCUUAAUCUCAGAGUCGGCGGCGUACUGUUUAAGCUGUAAUAAACUUACAUGUACAACUUGCCGAAAGGAGAUGCACAAAGAUGUAUGCCCGGAGUCACAAGGAAUGCUUGAAUUUCAGAAAGCCGCCAUAAAAGCGAAAUGGAACCAGUGCCCCAAGUGUAAUCGCAUUAUAGAGAAGAGCGGAGGGUGUAACCAUAUUAGUUGCGAGUGUGGACAAAGCUUCUGUAGCAAGUGUGGAGAGCCAAUUCGACUCGAGGAUGGUUGGGGUUGUCGUUGCAUCGAAAAGGUAAAGCCUAGAAAAAUAACCUUCGGAGAGUCGUUUCAACCAGCAACCGCAGAUAGCUUUACUCCUAUCAAAGGAAAUUACAAAAAACUGCUCUAUGCACAUAAAAGGGCAACGAUUAAGAAACAAACGAGGUUUCUCGAGUUGGGAAGUUCAAUUAUGGCUGCUAAACAGGAAAACGAGGAUAACUCAAGAAUGGUUCGGGAGCUUGGCGAUCUCAGAGCCCAGCUGGCAAGGUUGAAGCGAGAAAGGGUUACUCAGAAACUUGAUGGGGACUGCGAGAAGGCUACGGUUGAAACAGAUGACGAGACUCUGAGCGUUGAUCAAUCUGUGGGGGAGAAGGAGACAAUGGAGGUUGUUCAAAGCCCUGUUCAGAAGAAAAGACCCACUCUUCCAAGAAACAAAGCUUCCAAGUCUUAA